AUGGAUACAAUUAAACGAUUUGACGCCUAUCCGAAGCUGAAUUAUGACGUGCGGGUGCGUUACUGGCUUGGUGGGUUAUUGUCGAUCUUAUGUCUUCUGACGAUGGGGUGGAUGUUUUACUCUGAGGUCCAGGAUUACUACACGGUGCAAAUGCGCCCGACACUGCGUGUCGACGAGUCGAAGAGUGAAAAAUUGCCGAUCAACUUUGAUAUCACUUUUCCUCGAAUAUCGUGUUCUUUGAUGACGAUUGAUGUCUUGGACACAACUGGGGAAGUCUCCAUUGAUAUCGAAUCGAAUGUGAAUAAGAAACGAUUGAACCCGCACUCGAUGACGGAGUCUUCCAACAAAGCCACUGCUCAUAAAGUGUAUGGUAUUGAGUGUCCUGCUUGUGAAGAGUCAGUUGACAAGAACAAGUGUUGUUUUACAUGUGACGAAUUAAAAGAGUCCUACAAAAAAGCCGGUAAAGAAGUCCCACCCAAUGCGGUUCAGUGCCAAUUAAAGAACAUCCAGAAAAUGGCUUUAGCGUUAGAUGGGGAAGGGUGUCACAUGUAUGGGUCAGUCUUUGUCAAUCGGGUCUCUGGCAAUUUCCAUAUAGCUCCUGGGAUGAGUGAACAACAAGGUGAAGGGCACCGGCACUCAGCGGAGUGGAUUGGUUCAUUGAAUUUGACGCACACCUGGAAUUCCUUAUCGUUUGGGGACAAUUUCCCGGGGAUGAUUAAGCCGAUGGAUUCAAUUCAAAAGGUAGAUGUCACGAACAACUCGAUGUAUCAGUACUUUGUUCAAGUUGUUCCAAUGACGUAUUUUGGUUUAGAUAAGAAAGUAGUGAAAACGAAUGGGUAUUCUGUGACGGAACACUACCGUUCAGGUAAUUUAAAAACAAUGGAACAAGGGGUUCCGGGGGUGUUUGUGUUAUAUGAGAUCUCAUCCAUGGAAGUGUUAUAUACCGAAGAGACCGGUUCAUUCGGACAUUUACUCACAGGCAUCUGUGGGAUUGUCGGGGGCAUCUUCACGAUAUUUAGUUUGCUCGACGCAUUCAUCUUCCAUACCGUCGGAGGGUUGUUCACCAACAAAGCACACAAGCUUUAA